AUGUCGUUCAGAGCAAGCUCGAAUUUUGGUGGAAUUCCGACUACACAUCAAGGGUACAAGCAUAAUGGAAGUGUGAGAUCCAAUGGGGCAGAUACAGCUGCUUUCAAGGAAAAAGCGCUUCGCGAACUGGAUAGGCUAUCUAAUAAAGUGGACGACCUCACAGACCAUCCGCUUGUUCAGCGGGUGAAGCCAUAUGUGCCUGCGUUGUCGCGAUUCUUCAUCGUAGCCACUUUUUACGAGGAUUCGUUUCGUAUCAUCUCGCAAUGGAGCGAUCAGGUAUUCUUCUUGUGGAAUUACAGACACUUGCCGUACUUCUUCGUGGUACUCUUUCUGCUGCUUGUGGUGCUCUCCAUGAUGGUGGGGGCCACCAUGCUCGUGCUGCGCAAAAGAUUGGUCGUGGCAACAGGUACUCUGUGUGCAUGCAUCGUGCUCCAAGGGCUCGUUUACGGUCUUUACGGGGCUUCAUUCAUUUUGAGGAAUGUGAGUGUGAUCGGCGGGCUGCUGAUCGCUUUUAGUGACUCCAUUGUGCAAAGCAAGACCACAUUUGGAAUGCUUCCGGAAUUGAACAACAAGGACGGGAAAACCAGGGGUUUGAUUCUUCUCGCCGGUAGACUGCUGUUGGUGGUGCUGUUCAUCACCUUCACCUUCAGCAAGAACUGGUUCACCGUGCUUUUGACCAUCAUCGGAACCAUUUGCAUUUCUGUCGGCUUCAAGACCAAACUGGCGUCCAUAUUGCUGGGACUGAUUCUAACAUUCUACAACAUCACUGUUAACAACUACUGGUUCUACGACAGCAGCAAAAGAGACCUUUUGAAAUAUGAGUAUUUCCAAAACCUGAGUAUCAUUGGAGGUCUCUUGCUGGUGGUUGCCACUGGCGCCGGAGAAAUCUCUCUGGAUGAAAAGAAGAAAAUAUAUUAA